UCACACACUGGCCUCAGCCCGCACCAGCAGUAGAAGAUGGUGAAAGAAACAACUUACUACGACGUUUUGGGGGUCAAACCCAAUGCUACUCAGGAAGAAUUGAAAAAGGCUUAUGGGAAACUGGCCUUGAAGUACCAUCCUGAUAAGAAUCCAAAUGAAGGAGAGAAGUUUAAACAAAUUUCUCAGGAAUUUCUCUCUGAUGCAAAGAAAAGGGAAUUAUAUGACAAAGGAGGAGAACAGGCAAUUAAAGAGGGUGGAGCAGGUGGUGGUUUUGGCUCUCCCAUGGACGUCUUUGAUAUGUUUUUUGGAGGAGGAGGAAGGAUGCAGAGAGAAAGAAGAGGUAAAAAUGUUGUACAUCAGCUCUCAGUAACACUAGAAGACUUAUAUAAUGGUGCAACAAGAAAACUGGAUCUGCAAAAGAAUGUGAUUUGUGACAAAUGUGAAGGUAGAGGAGGUAAGAAAGAAGCAGUAGAGUGCUGUCCCAAUUGCCAAGGUACUGGAAUACAAAUAAGAAUUCAUCAGAUAGGAUCUGGAAUGGUUCAGCAAAUUCAGUCUGUGUGCGUGCAGUGCCAGGGCCAUGGGGAGCGGAUCAGUCCUAAAGAUAGAUGUAAAAGUUGCAACGGAAGGAAGAUAGUUCGAGAGAAGAUUCUAGAAGUUCAUAUUGACAAAGGCAUGAAAGAUGGCCAGAAGAUAACAUUCCAUGGUGAAGGAGACCAAGAACCAGGACUGGAGCCAGGGGAUAUUAUCGUUGUGUUAGAUCAGAAGGACCGUGCUGUUUUUACUCGACGAGGAGAAGACCUUUUCAUGUGCAUGGACAUACAGCUGCUUGAAGCAUUGUGUGGCCUCCAGAAGCCAAUAUCUACUCUUGACAACCGAACCAUAGUCAUCACCUCUCAUGCAGGUCAGAUUGUCAAGCAUGGAGAUAUCAAGUGUGUACUAAAUGAAGGCAUGCCAAUUUAUCGUAGACCAUAUGAAAAGGGUUGCCUAACCAUCGAAUUUAAGGUAAACUUUCCUGAGAAUGGCUUUCUCUCUUCUGAUAAAAUGUCUUUGCUGGAAAAACUCCUACCCAAGAGGAAGGAAGUGGAAGACACUGAUGAGAUGGAUCAAAUAGAACUAGUGGACUUUGAUCCAAAUCAGGAAAGACGACGCCAUUACAAUGGAGAAGCAUAUGAGGAUGAUGAACAUCAUCCCAGAAGUGGUGUUCAGUGUCAGACCUCUUAAUGGGCCGGUGAAUAACACUCAUUGCUGGCAUUUAAUGUGCAGUAGUGAAUGAGUGAAGGACUCAAUCAUAAUAUGCUCACUACUUGCUCUUGUUUUUGUUUUAAUAUUCAACUAUAGUAGUGUUUUAAAAAGUUAAAUGAAGAAUAAAUGCAAAUAUAAAAGCUCUGACUUUGCCCUGUAUGUGUGAUGACUUUAGUGUGCAAGAUGAAGUUUAAUACCUGUAAAAACUACAAAGAAGUUCCCCUGGCAUUUCUAGGCCAAACCUCGUAAUUGACUUCAGCUAUGUACGUGGACAAGCUUUGAAAUG